CCUAAACCCCCCAAAUAACAGAGGGAGAGGGAGAGCAAAAGCAGAGGUGAAUGGGAGAGAAAGUGCAGCUGAGCUGAGGCUGAGCUCUCUUUGUUUCUCUCACUAGAUCUGUGUGUGUGCUUUGCCUUUGCACAAAGGUGGCUGCUUGGCUUGCCUUGCCUGCUUGCUUGCCGAGUUGCCGUUGCUGGCUGUGUCAGACUCAGCUCACACCCACUCUCACAUCAGUUUGCCCAGCGCGUCUCUACGCUUGCUCUGCCUCUGCCUCCAUGUGGUGGUCGUCUUCCUCCUCGAGCUGUAGCUAGCUGCGGCAUCGCACCGCAAUGCCACGCUGCCGCCGCGGGGGGCGUCGCGCGAGGCAUUGCAAUGCGGCCGCCGGUGGAGGAGGCGUGAGUGGAGCCUACUAGACCGGCGAGCGAGCUGUGCGCGCGCGUGUGUGUGUGUGAGAGAGAAGUGUGUUUCUUUUUUUCUUGCUGGAGUGAUUUGUCGGUCUCGGUCUCGCCGCCGACAUGUUCAAGUCGGCGCGGUGGCGCGGCGGCGGGAAGGCGAAGGCCGUGUUCAAGCUGCACUUCCACGCCACGCAGGUGCCGGAGACGGGAUGGGAGGCGAUGAUGGUGGUGGUGACGCCGCGGGACUUGGGGCGGCCGACGGCGCGGACGGAGAGCGCGGAGGUGGCCGACGGUGCGUGCCAGUGGGCCGCCCCGGUGUUCGAGGCCGCCAAGCUUCCCUCCUCCGGCAAGGAGAAGAUCUACCAGUUCCUCGUCUACGAGACGGGUUCGAGCCAGGCGGCGCUUCUCGGGGAGGCGACGGUGAACCUGGCCGAGUACGCGGAGGCGUUCAAGCCGUGGGUGGUGACGCUGCCGCUCAAGGGCAGCCCCGGCGCGCAGCUGCACGUGACCAUCCAGCGGGUGGUGGGUGGCGGCGGCGGUGGGUGCGGCGACGACGCGAGUGAGAACGGCGGCGACGUGUCGCCGGUGGUGGCGAGGACACCGCCGCGGAAGACGCUGCAGAGCCAGCUGAGCCGUUGCGAGGACGAGGAAGCCGAGAAGUCGAGGGCGGCGGCGGCGGAUGCCAUGAGCCCUAUGCAAGACGGAUUGGUGAUAAAUAAACCUCCAGGGAUGAGGUUUACAUCAAGAAGAAACAUGCGCGCGCCUGCUGAUCCAAUUAGUCACCUUCACAAUUCCAACAGCUUCGAUGCCAUCUCGAUGUCGGGUUCAGAUGGGAGCUCUGGGAGAUUUACCCCCAAAAAUAAUGCUAGUAUGCACAGUACAUUUCUUCAGGAGGGCACCAAUGCACUCUCACCCCUGAGGAACACAUUGACCAGCUCCGGUGACUGGUCGGGAAGCUCAGCUCCUGAUGCUAGCACUGAUGGAUCAACCAGCAAUUCGGGUGAAGCAGGGAUAAGGGAGGCAGAGGAUGAUGUGGAGAAGCUAAGAAGUGAGAUAGCCACUCUGACGCGGAAAUUGGAUGUCUCGGAUAUGGAGUUGCAAACACUGAGAAAGCAAAUUGUGAAGGAGAGUAGGCGAGGGCAAGAUCUUUCCAAGGAAGUGGGUAGCUUGAGGGAGGAGAGGGAUGCUCUCAGAAGAGAAUGUGAAGGGCUCAGAGGGACAAAGAAAACGAUCCAUGAUGCGAACGGAUCUGGUAAAAGACUCUCGAAUGCGGAAGAUCCAUGGUCACAGAUUGAAGAGCUAAAGCAAGAACUGGGGCAUGAGAAGAAUCUAAAUGUAGAUUUGCAUGUACAAUUGCAGAAAAUGCAGGAAUCCAAUUCUGAGCUGCUUUUGGCUGUGAAGGAUCUUGAUGAGAUGCUGGAGCAAAAGAACAGAGAGAUAUCACUUUUGCAUGAAGAAACAGUAGAGGAUCCCCAGGAGGCUGAAUAUGAGCUUGCAUUGUCAAAUGUGCAUAAUGCUGGACACAAAAUAGACAUAUCUGAAACAAGUUCGGUUCAAGAGAAAGAAGAUGAGUUGAUGCUGGAUGCAUUGGUGAAGACGACUGAUGGUGUUGCUACGUCUGAACUUCAAAAUAAAAUUGUUGAGCUGAGCAAUGAAAUUGAGCUGUACAAGAAGGACCGUGAAGAUCUUGAGAUGCAGAUGGAGCAACUUGCACUUGACUAUGAGAUUCUGAAGCAAGAGAACCAUGACAUCUCUUCUAGGCUGGAGCAAACACAGUUGAGGGAGCAGCUAAGGAUGCAGUAUGAGUGUUCAGCUCAUUUGUCCAUAAUAAGUGAUCUUGAAGCCAAUGUGGAUAGCCUGGAGAAUGAGCUCCAAGAACAGUCUAAAAGAUUAGAAGCUGAUAUAGCAGAGGUAAUGCGUGCAAAGGUUGAACAAGAGCAAAGGGCCAUAAAGGCUGAGGAGUCCCUGAGAAAGGCAAGAUGGAACAAUGCCACUACUGCUGAACGACUUCAGGAGGAAUUCAAGAUGUUGUCUUCACAAGUUUCCUCUGCUUUCAGUGCAAAUGAACAGUUGCUCGUGCAAGCAAGAAAAGAGGCUGCAGAGCUACAGUUACAAAAGGGCCAGCUGGAAGAAUUGCUACAGAAGGCACAAGAAGAGCUCGGAUCAGCCCAAGAACAACACCGAGUGAAGGUUCAACAGUUACUGACCUUAGUGGAUUUCAAGUCAAAGGAGACAGACAGGCUUGUGAUGGAGCUUAAAAGCAAGAGUGAGGAGUUCCAGAACCAGAAGAGAGGUGAUGAAGCAAAGUUAAGCGCUCUAUCAGAAGAAAUAGACCGACUCAAAGCCAAGAUUGAGAAUCUGUCAAUUGAACGAGACAAUCUCUUCGAAAAUAAUGAGCAGAAAGACAAGGAAUUAACCGCAAAUGGUGAGAAGGACACGCUCUUGCAGGACAGAGCCUCUGAGAUAGCUUCGCUCAACAAAGAGCUUGCAUUGAUCAAGGACCAAGUGCAGACAUAUUUAGAGGAGAUAAACACUUUAAAAGGUUCAAAGAAUGAAAAGGAGGAGACAAUCGAGAAGCUGCAGUCAGAGAUUAGAUCGUCGAAAUUCCAGUAUGAAAAUUUGAAGAUUUUACUGUCCACAAACGAGUCUGAGAAACACAACCUUGCUUCCCAAGUACUGAAGCUGCGAAGAGCCCUUGAAACCAGGGAGGACGUGAAACAAAAUAGUGUCAAACCAGAUUUGGAGGACAACUACCAUGCUAAUUCGAAGCGCAUCAAGCAUGAGAAUGGAACCACCGGUCACAGACAAAAUGCAAAUGGUGACUGCAAUGGGCAUGGCAUGAGGGAUGCUGCAGCUCAUGCCGAUGCUGAUCAGCCAAUGAAGGAGCUGGAAGUCCUGAAAGAGAGGAACAUGGCACUGGAGGAAGAGCUGAAAGAACUGCACGGUCGGUACUCGGAGAUAAGCCUGAAGUUCGCGGAGGUCGAAGGCGAGAGGCAGCAGCUGGUGAUGACGGUGCGCUCCCUGAAGAACUCCCUGAGGUGAUCCUCUUCCUCCUCACACACGUUGUAGCUACAAUGGAUUAGAUGGAUACCCGGAGGGUUUUGUAUAGGCAGGAAACUGGACGAGUUGUAUGAAAAUGAGAACAGUAUCCAGGUGCUUGCAGAGGCCAGGUAUACCCAGGUUAGGCAAGGGUAUGGUCAGUCACAAUACACAGCAUUGUAGAUCUCCCCCCACAAUAAUAUUUCUUUCUUUCUUUCUUCCUCCUCUUCCAUUGGUGUGUGUAACUGUAACAUGAAUUAGCUUCAUCUAGAGUGUGUUGUCUUGUAUAAUUCCUGAUGCUUGGCUUAUGUUGUGAAGAAAGAAAAAGUGAGAAGGAAAAAAUGGUGUGACAGUUCCAUACAUUAUAUCUUUGGAGGAAAAAAUAAGGGUAAAAAAAUGUCCAUA